AUGUUUGCGCUUCGCUUGGCCUGUAGAAGAAAAUGUGCUGUCGACCUCUCAAGACUGUCAACCCAUCUGCUCCUAACAACACGCCAAAAGGCAACGGCAGCAGCAACAGAAGCGAGCAAAACCAGCAGAAGUCUCAAGUCGCCAGUUUACGGAUUCUCUGAGACAAAGUCAACAGAAAAGAUUGAGGAAGAGACUAUCACCAUCAACGAGCUAGAGGACUACUAUCCUGUCUAUAUCGGGGAAGUAAUUAAAUCGCGCUACCAAAUUGUGGCAAAGCAAGGCUAUGGCGUCGGAUCAACAGUCUGGCUGUGUCGUGAUUUGAUAGACAAUUGCCAUCUAACCCUCAAAGUGUGUGUUCGGCGCACGAAGCAGCUCAGUCACGAGCUUAUGGUGUCGGAGCACUUGAAGAAGCGAAACGGCAGCCACCACCCUGGGCAGAAGUUGGUACAAGUUGUUCUUGAUUCAUUCGAGAUUGACGGUCCGCAUGGCCAGCAUUUCUGCCUGUUGUAUGAGCCUUUGGGCAUGAAGCUUACUGAGUUGAUCACACAUAUGCCCAAUGGGAUGAUCCCCGUGGACGAGCUGCAGAAGGUCACGCAAUUUGUGCUCAUUGCUUUAGACCAUAUCCAUCGCCGAGAUGUCAUACACACCGAUAUUUGCAUGAACAAUGUUCUUCAGAGCAUCGACGAUAAAUCAGUAUUUACCCGCAUCGAAGAGGACGAGUUCUAUAGACCCAUACGUUACAAGAAACUCCAUGAUCGCCACAUUUAUUAUUCUCGAUCACCCCCGGUGAGCACUGGUCCCCCGAUUCUGUGCGAUUUUGGCGGCGCCAGAUUGGACGGUGCAAACCAAGAAGGGGAUAUCAUGUUCAGAGCGUACAAGCCGCCAGAGGUCAUCCUUGACAUGAAAUGGGACCAUAAAGUGGAUAUUUGGGGACUUGGUUUGAUGGUAUGGCGCAUGUUUGAGGGCGUACAUUUAUUCCCGCCUCGCGAGUCCGGCACUCUAGAUGAAGAACAACAUCUUGCUGAAAUGGUGUCGCUUCUGGGGCCUCCACCAGCGGAAUUCCUGCUCCGUAGUCCAAAAUGUUUCAAAUUCUGGGACGAGAAAGGGAUAUGGAAAGGCGUGAUUCCACUCACCAAUUGGUCCCUCGAAAAAAAGGAGAAACGAUUGUCUGGGAAGGACCAUGAUUUAUUCCUGAAUUUCAUGCGCCGAAUACUCUGCUGGCUUCCAGAAAACCGACCUGCAGCUGCAGACCUUGUGUACGAUGACUUUCUUAUGCAGGCAGUCCUGGCAUCAGUUGCCGGUAUCCCACGGGCUUGA